CCCUUUCCCCGCCUCAUUACGUUCCUCGUGACGUCACAGGAGUUCCUGGACGGAUUGACGCGACUGAUGUAGUUACGGCGACCUUUUCUGGACAGGCCAUACCCACUUCCAAUUGGUGGACACCGUGGAGAAAAUAAGGGAUUUUUUUACCCCAGGACUCUGUAAACUAGCUGAUAUUUGCACGCUUGCUUCCUAUCUCAGUCGGUAGCCUGUGCCCUAUGUAUUGGUGUUAGAAGGAUAGUAAACAAGCAGAUCAUUCUGCGUUGCAGGUUGAGAGGUAGCACUCUCUCCUCCUUUCACAUGGAUAGAGAACUACAGAUUAUGUGAUGGUCAGAAUUUCGUUAUUAAAAUGAAGCUACCAACAGCGGGUUAGACAAAUGUUGACAGCUUCUGUGGCUAGGCCACAUGCCCCUGCAUAGUAACCUAAGUUUAGAUGUUUUUACCCUUUAUUUAUUAAAAGUUAAGGAGGGUUACAGCAGGAGUAGGUGCUUUCAUUUUACUCAUGACUUAAGGUAACAGAGUACUGUAUACCGUGGAAGACUGAAAGCCGUGAGCAACCUUAUCAAGGGAGGCAAACGGUGACAAAUGUGGAUAACAGAUAUUGUGCGGUACCUGUUUCACUUUAUUCUUUAACUUUCUUACUGUUCGUGUUACAUAUAAAAGGACCAGCCACGGGACUGGCUGCCUGAGCAACCAAACUGGCGGAUAUUGGGUUUGUGGUGAUGAUGAAAACUCAGUGUUUGCUGGGUGUACGCACCUUUGUGGCCUUUGCAACAAAACUGUGGAGUUUUAUCCUGUAUAUUCUACGACGACAGGUUCGAACUAUAAUCCAGUACCAAACGGUGAGAUACGAUAUUCUACCUCUGUCACCAGUCUCUCGCAACAGACUCCAUCAAGUCAAGAGGAAGAUUUUGGUCCUCGAUCUGGACGAAACAUUAAUUCACUCUCAUCACGAUGGAGUGUUGCGGCCAACAGUCCGACCUGGGACACCACCAGAUUUUAUUUUAAAGACUCUGAUGGACAGACAACAUCACAGAUAUGUGGUACAUAAACAAGCAGGGGUUGAUUUCUUUGAAACAGUAAGUCAGUGGUAUGAGCUGGUAGUAUUCACAGCCAGUAUGGAAAUUUAUGGUUCUGCAGUGGCUGACAAAUUAGACAACAACAGAGGGGUUCUCAAACGCAGAUUUUAUAGACAGCACUGUACACUAGACCUGGGCAGUUACAUAAAAGAUCUUUCUGUGGUACAUAGUGACCUCUCCAGUAUUGUAAUUCUGGACAAUUCGCCAGGGGCUUACCGAAGUCAUCCAGACAAUGCAAUUCCCAUCAAGUCGUGGUUUAGUGACCCAAGCGAUACAUCACUUCUCAACCUUUUACCAAUGCUUGAUGCCCUACGAUUCACAGCAGAUGUCCGGUCUGUACUUAGCCGAAAUUUGCAUCAACACCGGCUUUGGUGACCAUUAUCCUACCCCCAUUUUUUGCUGGGGUGUGAUCUUUAAUCUUCUGCCUUAUCCUCAGAGUUGCCUGACUUCCCUUUUGCGUGCUUUGAACUGUUAUUGGACAUAAUGGAGCAACAUCUGGCACCAGAGCUUUCUUUCCUCCAACACUGGUUUACAGACUUAACAGCCCAAGUGCAGCUUUCUGCUCUUGGACAAUGUGUUUCCUUUGGCUUUUCCAGUUGGAACAGUAGGAAAUCUGGCUUUGAAAAGAAGACUGUGUGACUACCACAGACACCUACUGGCAUGAGAGGAUUCAUGGGGUGGAGUUGGGCAAAAACAAUAUUACGCAUUACAGAUAGAUUAUGGGAAACAGAACCCUUUUUAAAGAUAGUACUUUUCUUGUACAGAGAAUCUUUAAGAAAUAUAUUUUUUUUGGUUUGCUUUUUUUUCCUUGAAGGCAUUGCCCAAGUGACCCCCUGCUAGCUCUAGAAGAGUUUAGCAACUGACUUCUUAGCUGUGACAUAAACAGAAGAAAAGGUUUUAAACUGAAUGAUGCAACUGUUUAACAAAGUGCUCACUCUUGUUACUUGUACCAGCUCCAUACACAUUUUUUCAGAUAUUGUAUAAAACAAUAUGACAGUUAUAUUCAAAUGAAUGAGCAGAGAACAUUUUAA